CGAUAAUGCCCAAGGCUCCGUCUGUGCGUUUCCCUUCGAUCCGCCAAUCCUCGCUACUUUAGGCUUGACCAAAUACGAUAUAGCUCGGCAUAAAUUUGAUUUAACAGGCACUCUAUGUGCAAGGGGGGGGGGGACCUUCAAUCCUCAGAAUCUCAACCUUCCAUUGUGGCGCGACUGGCGACACCGGCGAUUUGAAAAUUUCGCUUAAGGGACGCCCUCGAACAUAGCCAUAGUCCUGCAUGGGAGAGCGAAUGAUGCCCUCCACUCUCAGUCAGGUAAAAAGGCCAUCCACUCCAAAUGACCUCGAAAUGACGGUCGACCCGAUGCAAGCUUCUCCCCGACAACCGCUACCCACUUCUCUUGCUUCUUUUGCGUUGUCGCACUCCUCUUCAAACUCUGCACCUUCGUCCCCAUCCACUUCUUCCAUGGUCAUUGAUGACUUCUGCUAUCCUACCAACCCUUCUACCAACGCAGCCAUUAGCUCAUAUCCGCUAUACAGAAAGCUGCGCAGGUCGAGCUUGUUGAGUUUUCACCGCGACAGGUUGAGUGAGCCUGCGGUUUCCCGAUCUUACAGCCGAGGCACCCGGAACAGCUCUAGUGGCAGCAGCUCCCCCAACCCAAUUAACACUGGCAUACUUUCGCCCUGGAAGGACCGAGCAUCUAGUCCUCUCACCAUGGAACGGAAUGACACAGAAACUGAAAAUAAAGACGAGGGUGAGGCUCUCCCUUCGAUUGAACGGAGUCGGCCGGGUAGUCGUACCAUGACACUGGAUGAAAGUGAAGGAGGGGAGAGCGAAAUCCAGGCAAAUGAACCUACUCGGCCAACAACACCCCCUCCUCGUCUUGAUUCUCCUUUCAAUCCUUCAAUUUCAUCUGACCUCCCUCGAAGAUUUCCUCUCAAGCCGCCAAGGCUACUCACUCUCCUUUCUGAAUCCAAGCCCGUAGAAGAAGAAUUGCGUUCCGAAGCAUCGUUCCAGCGACUCCUUGCUUCUCACGCAGACUUACCCAUCCCGUUUUAUCCUCGUACGCCACGAAGCGCGCGCGGUCGCUUCCCCGAAUCGGCUAGCUUUGAGGAUGACGAUGAAGAGCACACACCAAGUGAGGAUGAUGAGAGUGACUACGUCUUGGGGUAUCCCCAAAGUGUUCCCGGUGAAGGAAGCAUCGGCCACAGCACCUUUGAAGACCAGCAAUGGUUGAAUCAGAGCCCUUACGCAGGUCCAGGAAGUGGCAUGGAUGUGGACAUGGUAAACUCGAUGUGUAUUCAUUUAUCAAAGCGACAAGCUUACGCUAUGCCUCUUGAGGCUAAUCUCUCUACGUCACCAAGUAUUGCUGCAAGUCCCGCAGUUACCGUUGCCAUGAGUGGUACUUCUACACCAAUGGCUGGGGCAUCGGGGUCAGCUUAUUCCAAUGGCGGUCACAACUCCACGAACGGGAACGGAAAUGGCUGGAGAGACACUCCAACAGCUUCGGGAAGAGUGCACAAACGAAAGCAUACUGGAGACGAGCGAUAUGAGCCUUAUAGUUACUCGUCAUCAAAGAGACGUGCUGUGUCCCCGUCUGUCUCUUUCGCACAUGCAGUGUCCUCUAGUGCAACAUCGUCACCGAUAUCCAUUUCCAUUCCUGGACAUUUCGGCCCACCAGGUGUUCCUCGGUCGCCUGUUUCAAUAUCAAGAAGCAUGAGUGUGCACUCGUCCCCCAUCCUGAGGCCCGUGCACCGUUUACCGAAUAGGGCCUCUGAUAAGGAAGAACGUGAACGUAGUAGAAAAAUACAAGGAGCUGGGGAUGGAGUAAGGAGCAUGAAUUUGGGGAGUUAGCGCUUUAUUAUUUAUGGACUAAUAGUGUUCUGGGUUCUGAUUUACUACCCGCAAUUUUGUAUCAUUAUCAGCAUUCUUGUACCAUCUGUUCUUGUCCCCAACGUUCAAUGGAGGGGACAGAAGUCAGUCAUGCUUACG